UGAGUGGCGACUAUAGUUGUCCUCGCGGCAUCUUUCCUGGGAAACAAACGAAAAAAACCCCAGAAAGGAAUGAAAAUCCGUAAGCUUAUCAACAGCCAAUACUUCACUCUCACUCACAGAAAACCCGCGAGAACAGUCCAAUUUGAAUCGAAACAAUGGCUUUCUUCAUACACACAGGACCCGGAGCUCAAUAGUUUCAUCCAGUACAUCGAUUCUCUCAAAAACUACGAGAAAUCCGGCGUCCCGAAAGACGCCGGCACCGAUUCCGAUGAUGGGUUCGAUUUGGGUCGGAUGAGACGCCUUAUGAACCGACUUGGCAACCCGCAGUCCAACUUCAAGAGUGUUCAUAUUGCUGGGACUAAAGGGAAAGGAUCCACUGCAGCUUAUCUAUCAAACAUCUUACGUUCAGAAGGUUACUCGGUUGGUUGUUAUACUAGUCCACAUAUGCUUAGUAUUAGGGAACGUAUGUCGAUAGGAAGGGCUGGGGAGCCUGUGUCUUCAAACACAUUGAAUAGCAUUUUUGGUAGGAUUAAGCAAAGUCUUGAUGAGGCUAUUGUGUUUGAAAAUGGAUGUCUUAGUCACUUUGAGGUUUUUACUGCUGUGGCGUUUGCUUUGUUUGCUCAAGAGAAUGUUGACUUUGCAAUCAUAGAGGCUGGAUUAGGAGGUGCUAGGGACGCUACGAACAUUAUUUCUAGUUCAGAACUUUCUGUGUCUAUCAUAACAACAAUCGGUGAGGAACAUUUGUCCGCGCUUGGGGGUUCUUUGGAAAGCAUUGCAAUGGCAAAAGCUGGAAUCAUUAAAAAGGGUCGUCCAUUGAUUUUAGGCGGGCCUUUUCUUACUCACAUCGAUUGCAUUCUUCGUGAGAGAGCAUCUUCAAUGUGUUCACCUAUAAUAUCAGCAUCUGAUGGCCGAAUUAGAACAUCCGUAAAAGGAAUCAGCAUGUUUAAGGGUAGACCUUCCCAAUGUUGUGACUUGGUGAUAGAACUUGACCUUGACUCGCAGUUGUCCAUCGAGUUACAUGAUUUGAAUCUCUCCAUGCUUGGAACUCAUCAACUUCAAAAUGCAGUGACUGCAACAUGCGCAGCACUUUGCCUACGCAAUCAAGGAUGGAUAAUCUCAGAUGGAUCUAUUAGGGCUGGCUUGGAGAAUACAUUUGUGCCCGGAAGAAGCCAAUUUCUAGCAUCCAAAGAAGCUGAGAAAUUAGGAUUAUCGGGAUCAACAGUAUUACUUGAUGGAGCUCACACAAAAGACUCUGCAAAAGCUUUAUUGGAAACAAUACAAAUGGCAUUUCCGGAUUCACGAUUAGCCGUUGUUGUUGCAAUGGCUAGUGACAAAGACCAGUUAGCAUUUGCUAAAGAGUUCCUUUCAGGAGGUAGACAACUCGAUGCAAUCUUCCUAACAGAAGUUGACAUUGCUGGUGGAAUAUCUCGAACCACCUCUGCUUCCGUUUUAAGAGAUUGUUGGAUGCAAGCCUCCAGAGAAUUGGGCAUCAACGUUCUUCAUGAUAGAAUGAUGGAGUAUAGAGAAUUGUUUGAGGACAAGUUUAGUUUUUCGACAAGGGGGUCGAAACAUGAAACCAUAUUGGCUUCGGAGAAGUCGCUGUCGGAUUCCAUGAGGCUUGCUAAUCAAAUUCUUAGAGAAAGAACAAGGAAUGGAUCAGGUAUUCUUGUGGUGACGGGAUCUCUGCAUAUUGUUGCAAAGGUAUUAGCUUCUCUUAAUAUGUAAUGGUGUUUUAUCAUAUAUAUAUACACACACAUACAUAGCCCCCCCUUAGCGAACAAUGUU